AUGCAGGCGGCGGCAGCGACGGCUGUGUCCGUGCCCUUCUUGCUGCUCUGCACCCUGGGGACCUGUCCCCUGGCGCGCUGCGGCCGGGCAGGAGACGCCUCGUUGACGGAGCUGGAGAGGAGGAACGAAAACCGCUUCCUGGAGCGCCAGAGCAUCGUGCCACUCCGGCUCAUCUACAGCUCGGGUGGAGAAGACGAAACUGGGCACGACGCGCUGGACACGCGGGUGCGGGGCGACCCCAGCAGUGGGCAGUUGACUCACGUUGACCAGGCAAGCUUCCAGCUGGACGCCUUUGGAACAUCUUUUAUUCUUGAUGUCCUCCUAAAUCAUGAUUUGCUGUCCUCUGAAUAUGUGGAGAGACACAUUGAACAUGGAGGGAAGACGGUGGAAGUGAAAGGAGGAGAACACUGUUACUACCAGGGCCACAUCCGAGGAAAUCCUGCCUCAUUUGUGGCAUUAUCGACAUGCCAUGGACUUCAUGGGAUGUUCUAUGAUGGGAACCACACCUAUCUCAUUGAGCCGGAAGGAAAUGACACCUCCCAAGAGGAUUUCCAUGUUCAUUCGGUUUACAAAUCCAGACUGUUUGAAUUUCCUUUGGAUGAUCUUCCAUCUGAAUUCCAACAAGUAAAUAUCACUCCACCAAAAUUUAUUUUGAAGCCAAGACCAAAAAGAAGUAAACGGCAGCUUCGUCGAUAUCCUCGUAAUGUAGAGGAGGAAACCAAAUACAUUGAACUGAUGAUUGUGAAUGAUCAUCUCAUGUUUAAAAAGCACCGGCUUUCAGUGGUACUUACCAAUACGUACGCGAAAUCUGUGGUGAACAUGGCAGAUUUAAUAUAUAAAGACCAACUUAAGACAAGGAUAGUAUUGGUUGCCAUGGAAACCUGGGCUGCUGACAACAAGUUUGCCAUAUCUGAAAAUCCACUGAUCACCCUACGUGAGUUUAUGAAAUACAGGAGGGAUUUUAUCAAAGAGAAAAGUGAUGCAGUUCACCUUUUUUCGGGAAGUCAAUUUGAGAGUAGCCGGAGCGGGGCAGCUUAUAUUGGUGGGAUUUGCUCGUUGCUGAAAGGAGGAGGCGUGAAUGAAUUUGGGAAAACGGACUUAAUGGCAGUUACACUUGCCCAGUCAUUAGCCCAUAAUAUUGGUAUUAUCUCAGACAAAAGAAAGUUAGCAAGUGGUGAGUGUAAAUGUGAGGACACGUGGUCUGGAUGCAUAAUGGGGGACACUGGAUAUUAUCUUCCUAAAAAGUUUACCCAGUGUAAUAUUGAAGAGUAUCAUGACUUUCUAAAUAGUGGAGGUGGUGCUUGCCUUUUCAACAAACCUUCUAAGCUUCUUGAUCCUCCUGAGUGUGGCAAUGGCUUCAUUGAAACUGGCGAGGAGUGUGACUGUGGGACCCCUGCAGAAUGUGUCCUUGAAGGAGCAGAGUGUUGUAAGAAAUGUACCUUAACUCAAGACUCCCAAUGCAGUGAUGGUCUUUGUUGUAAAAAGUGCAAGUUUCAGCCUAUGGGAACCGUGUGCCGUGAAGCAGUAAAUGAUUGUGAUAUUCGUGAAACAUGCUCUGGAAAUUCAAGCCAGUGUGCCCCCAAUAUUCAUAAGAUGGAUGGUUAUUCCUGUGAUGGUGUCCAGGGAAUUUGCUUUGGAGGAAGAUGUAAAACCAGGGAUAGACAAUGCAAAUACAUCUGGGGGCAAAAUGUGAUGUCAUCAGACAAAUACUGCUAUGAGAAACUGAAUAUAGAAGGCACCGAGAAGGGCAACUGUGGGAAAGACAAAGACACGUGGAUACAGUGCAACAAACGGGAUGUGCUUUGUGGUUACCUCUUGUGUACGAACAUUGGUAAUAUCCCAAGACUUGGAGAACUCGAUGGUGAAAUCACGUCUACUUUAGUUGUGCAGCAGGGAAGAACAUUAAACUGCAGUGGUGGGCAUGUUAAGCUUGAUGAAGAUGUUGACCUUGGCUAUGUGGAAGAUGGGACACCCUGUGGUCCCAAAAUGAUGUGUUUAGAACAUAGGUGUCUUCCUGUGGCUUCCUUCAACUUUAGUACUUGCUUAAGCAAUAAAGAAGGCACUAUUUGCUCAGGAAAUGGAGUUUGCAGUAAUGAGCUGAAGUGUGUGUGUAACAGACACUGGGUAGGUGAAGACUGCAGCACUUACUUCCCUUACAAUGAUGAUGCAAAAGCUGGCAUUACGCUGUCUGGCAAUGGUGUUGCUGGUACCAAUAUUAUAAUAGGCAUAAUUGCUGGCACCAUUUUAGUGCUGGCCCUCAUAUUAGGAAUCACUGCAUGGGGCUAUAAAAACUAUCGAGAGCAGAGACAGUUACCCCAGGGAGAUUAUGUAAAAAAGCCUGGAGAUGGCGACUCUUUUUAUAGCGACAUUCCUCCUGGAGUCAGCACAAACUCAGCAUCUAGUUCUAAGAAGAGGUCUGCUUUUCUGUCGCAUUUUCAGAUUUCUACCUGUUCCAUCACACAUUAUUCCAUUAGUCAGAACAUUUCAUUAUUUUGCAGCAGGUCAAAUGGACUUUCUCAUUCUUGGAGUGAAAGGAUUCCAGACACAAAACAUAUUUCAGACAUCUGUGAAAAUGGACGACCUCGGAGUAACUCUUGGCAAGGUAACCUGGGAGGCAACAGAAAGAAAAUCAGAGGCAAAAGAUUUAGACCUCGGUCUAAUUCAACUGAGAGGGAGCCCCAAGCACCUGAGCCUGGGCACUCCCUCGCCCAGACAGUCCCAUCCCAAGGCAUAAGCUCAGGGGGCUCUGACAGCCCCCAGACAGGGAGUCUGGAUCACAGGACUUUAUCUCCUGCCAAGUCUCCUUCUUCGUCAACCGGGUCUAUUGCUUCCAGCAGAAAAUACCCUUAUCCAAUGCCUCCCCUUCCUGAUGAGGAGAAGAAAGUGAACCGACAAAGUGCCAGGCUAUGGGAAACAUCCAUUUAA